UUUCUGCCUCUUUCUCUUUAUCUUCCUGCUCACUUAUUCUCAUCAUCUUUUUGCUAUUUCGUUUCAUUGCAAAUUGUUCAGUUUAAAAGAAACACAACUCCAACUUCUUUAUAGUUUUUUUCUUUUAGUUAUUUUUUUGUUCAAAAUUCGUAGAAAAAAACCACCGUGUCCAUCUCUCCCGAUGGAGGGAUGCGAAUCUGAUGACGAAUCAAACUACUUGGUCAGUGCCGAAAAUGUAAAUGGUCAACAAGGUUAUUCUUAUGAGGAACAGUUUAAGCAACUUUACGAUUUAAGUGACCAUCCGGAUCGUCGUUCGUUUUUAAAUGACCUUUUCUCUUUUAUGCAACAAAGAGGAACUCCUGUUAAUAGGAUUCCAAUUAUGGCGAAACAAGUUCUUGAUAUUUAUGAACUUUAUCGAUUAGUGGUCGCUCGAGGAGGAUUAGUAGAGGUAAUUAAUAAGAAAAUUUGGAGAGAAAUAACCAAAGGGUUAAAUUUACCUUCUUCCAUCACAAGUGCCGCUUUUACCCUUCGAACACAAUAUAUGAAGUAUUUGUAUCCCUACGAAUGUGAGAAGGAACAUUUAUCGUCUCCUGAUGAGUUACAACAAGCAAUUGAUGGUAAUCGACGUGAAGGUCGUCGAUCAUCAUAUGGACAUUAUUCAGAUAUGAUCGGAUCUCCUGUAGGUGCUGGAGGAUCAGGAGGAUCAGGUGGAGGAUCAAAUGAAGGUUUAGCUGGACCAAGUGUCGGAAUGAGUGUCAGUGGAUUGAGUGUUGGUCCAAGUGGUUAUAAUGGUGGCCCAUCUUCUGGGGCUGGACCAUCAGCAUCAUCAUCUCAUCGAAGUGUAUCAACUCCAUCACUUCAUCAUCUUAGUUCAUCAUCUGCUCUUUCACUUGUUAAUCGUCAUCUUAUUAAUGGUAUAAGUGGUCAAAGUGUUAAUAGUAAUAAUAAUAAUAAUAAUAACAAUGGACAUGGAAAUAGAUCAACAAGUUUAGGAAUGGGAACAAGUUCACGAAGUGUCGGUGGAGGAGGAGGAGGAGGAGGAAGUGGUGAUUGUGGUUCAGGUUCAUCAGGUGAUGAAGAUGAUAAUGUUUCAUCAAUUCAUCCUCUUUCCAUCCAACCUUUAUUAGCCUUAGCAUCAGCUCAAGCCCAAGCCCAAGCUCAAGCUCAAGCUCAGGCCGAAGCUCUUAAUCUUGAAACAAAACCGUCAAUUAAUAAUAACAACUCAAGUGCCCAUUCUGGACUUAAUGGACCUUCAUCAUCAUCCCACCGAAAUGUGAACAGCUUAUCAUCAUCACCUCUUUCACUUGUUAAUCGUCACUUAAUAAACGGUGUAAAUCUUAACAAUAUCAGUAAAAAUCAUAACAAUGGUCGCCAAGGUAGUGGACAACAACAUAUAAGAAUGGACAUGGACGAUGGGGGUUCAUCAGGGGAAGAAGAGAACUUUGUAAACCCUCUUUCUAUCGGUCAACUUCUCGGCAUAACUUCAGCUCAAGCUCAAGCUGAAGCCAUUAACUUCGAGGCCAAAAACGGUAACGGGUUAAGUGAUUCAUUGCUUCUCAGCAUGAAAGUAAAUAAUAUCAUUUACUCUGGUAUUUUAUAUGCAGAACGACCAGUGAAACGUUAAAAAGACACAACAAUCAACAACAAUCAGCAACAAUCGACAACAACGCGAAAUGUUUAAUUUACUCACAAUUAAAGCCUUGGAUUUAUCAGCUCUCUCUCUCUCUUUCUAAUUAUCUCGCUCACUCACCGUCAUCUUUAUAAUCAUUAUUACCUCAAAAAUUUUUCAUCGAAAAACUCAAGCCUAAUGUUUUUUUACAGAGAGAAACAAUCAAUGUUUAUUGCUCUGGUUUCGUAAAUUGUAUUAUUUACAAAGUGACCAAAUGACCAUUUGAACAAGAAAAAAGCUUAGCCUUAAAUUGACUAGAAACUUUUGCAUUUACAUUUGCCCGUAAACAAGUUUGACCAUUGGUUUGAAGGAUCGUUAUUAUCAUUAUGCUGAUGUUUAAAUGCUUACCUUAAUUCCCUUAAUUACAAUUGAUUGACUGGUGGUGAUCAAACAAUUUAAAUUUUUUAUAUUCAAAAUUAUUAUUAUACAGACACAAAAUAGAUUUUACCUCAUCAAUGAAAAUCAUCACAACAAUCAACCUGUAAUCAUAAUUAUCACAAUAAUAAUAAUAAUCAUCACCAUCAUCAUCAUCAUCGUCAUGAUUACAAUCAACAUUUCAUUCAAUUAGCAAUUUUUUUUAUAUUAAAACUAAACAACAAAUUUAAUUGACUUCGAGUGAUAACUUGUUAACAUGUUGAUUAAAUGUUGAUUAAUAGUGAUGAUUAGAUGAUGAUCAACUUGAUGAUGAAGAUGAUAUCUCAUCAUCUUUUUCCUCUCUCUCUCUCUCUCUCUCUCUCUCUCUCUCUCUCUCUCUCUCUCUCUCUCUCUUUCAUCUUUUUCUUCAUUUAUUUAAAUUCACCAAAAACCAUCAUAAUAAAAUCAACGAAUCAGCAACAACGAUCAACCUAACAAUCAACGAAGACAAAUCAACAAUUGUGCACCAUCAAAUUGUUACAAUUAAGUUAAUCACUUGAGACAAUUUUCUCAUCUUUUUUUUUACCACAAUCAAUGAAAAGUAAAUCUAAUUUUCCAAUCACAAUUUACAACAAUUAAAUCUCAUUUUUCACCUUU